CACAUUUCGGUGAUUGGUCAAUGCCCAUGACGUCACUGAGAUCAGUGACGUCGCAGGCGAACAAUACGCUACAUCCGCAAAGAUGGGCUUCUGGUGGGUCAACCUUAUACUAGUUCAACCAUGACCUAAGUUAUGCGCUUUAUGCUAGAUCAAGAACGGUAUCUCAACUUAUCAGCUGUCCUACAGUGAUGAAUUCGGUGCUCUGCUUCGGUGUUUUCGCUUGCCCUUCAUUAAGUUGCUCGCCUGAUUACCUCUGGCAGAUCACCUUGAAUUAGUAUAAUAGUUUAGGCGCUGAAGGAUAGGCUAAGUUUAUCCGGUCUGACUGUCUCCUAUUCUUAUAAUUUUUCGUGACUUGUUUUCAGGAGAUCUAAAAAAUGUUUUUUUUUACCGAAUCUUUUCUAACUUGACGUUGGAAUGAUAAGUAGUGUCCAAUCGUCUUGCUUUUGGCAAAUUACUGUAUUAGUUCCUAGGGACAGAGUGAGUUAAAGUGGUCUUAGACCAUCAAAGUAGACUGAAAGACACAGCGAAGCUCUUGUGGAUACUAUAUUUAUGUUACGGACCGUUAGCAAACCUCAACUUCAGCCAGCAAACGUGUUGCUUGGAAGGCUGGGUGGUGCCUGCCUUAUCGGUGCUGAAGGCAUUGCAUAGAACCGCUAGUGUGAUGUCACUGAAGGUGACCUACGCCGUCAAUGUAACGGCUAAGAUAGAUGACGAAAUAGGUAGGUCGGUGCCAGUCUGGCGGAGAGUAGCGACUGAUUUUACCAUGUACGUGAGGUGAUGGAAUUGCAUGGCUUAACAUAUACCUCUGCAUAACGUUGUCUAGGCCCGUUCUUGAACGUGUUCAACGAUGUCAGCGGUGAGUUAGAAGUGUUUUCGCAUGAAUGAGUUAGUAGCACAGCAGGGUUUAAAUAUUUUUGCCCUACGGAACCAUGUGGCAAAGCUCAUUUAGCAUUUAUUCUUCACAAGCAAACAGUAUUCUUCACAAGACUGGAAUAUUCACUAAGUUGAAGCUGAAUGACGUGUAGCGGUAAUUUGAUCACGCCGAAUAAUCGUAUCAUCAGCGUUUUCGGUUCGCUUCUAUCAUGUGUCACGCUUGAUUACCUCUGAAGGUCUUUUAUUCACCCAGUUGAAUGCGUAUACCGUUUGAAGAUGAUUUGACCGUGUUUUAUUAUCGUCUAAAAUCGACUUUAUAAUGUCAUUUUCUUGCAACAGAGGUGCGUCCACAUGGUCCCGCUUGAAAGGGUGAAGGCUGUCUUACCUGGACAUGUCAUUAUAUCCCUCAAUAAAGGAAUACAGAAAGGAUUAGAGCUUUUAUGCAUGUACCUGGCUUUUUUAUACAAAAUUUGAUUCCCGGGUGGCGGAGAUUUGAGGGUGUCUAAACGUUAGGUGCUAGAUGCGCCUUUUUACGGCCGAAUCGCCGAUUGACCCUUUUCCAAUUGAGUUGGCAUUAAUAAAUGCAUGUUAGACUUGAAUUUAUUGUGAUAUAUGAAUACGACAAAUCCUAACAAUUGUAUUGUUGCGAAGCAAAUCAAAAUUAUCAACUAGUGACCAUUCUUUGCUUUGUUUAUGAGUUAAUUUGGCCGUUUUUCCUUUACACCGGCGGAUAUUGUAUCGUCCCGCUGACGUCUAACAGCUGUUUACUAGCUGUGUAACAUAAUUUCGUUUCCCAACCGCAACGCCUGAACGCUAAACGCUGGGUAUUUAGUGUUGUUUUUCGUUUAUUGGAGUGUCGUACCUCUAUUGUACUGUCAGGACAAAUAAUAAUAUCUACCGUGGUUGCCUAGCCAUAUUUUUGCUGAGAGAAGCACCGUGUGGCCGUGAUGAGCAGCACUGCAGCCUCUGCCAACACCAAGAGGGGGUCUGUGGGCAGCUCAGGCAAGCGCAAGUCUGGAAGCUCCAAGUUUGAGCUCUCAGACGAGCAGAAGAAUGACAUAAAGGAAGCCUUCAAUCUCUUUGAUCCUACUAAAGCUGGAAGUAUUCCAACCAAAGAACUGAAAGUGGCAAUUCGCGCCUUGGGCUUUGAGCCUAAGAAGGAAGAGAUCAAGAAGAUGAUUGCUGAGGUGGACCGAGAUAGCACAGGAUUGAUCAAGUUUGAUGAUUUCCUCCACCUCAUGACCAUUAAAAUGGCCGAGAAAGAUGUUAAGGAAGAAAUACAAAAAGCAUUUAAACUGUUUGACUGUGACAGUACUGGUAAAAUUUCUCUAGAAAAUCUGAAGCAGGUCGCUGAGACGCUUGGUGAAAACUUAUCUCAUGAAGAAUUGCAGGAAAUGAUUGAAGAAGCUGACUGUGAUGGUGAUAAUCAAGUUAGUGAGGAAGAAUUCCUGAAAAUAAUGAAAAAGACCAGUUUAUAUUGAGUGAAACUUUCUCACG